AUGGAUGUAAUUAAUCUAACAAAAAUAUCUAACUAUUAUAAUGAGAACGAAAGGUAAAUCUCAUCAAGAUUAAAUUAUAAUUAACCAAAAUCAUCCAGAACUCUAAAUGCUACUCCUCCUUGUGUAGAGGCUGUUAGAUCAAAACCUCUUAUUAAAAUUGAAAGGAAAGUAAGAUCACCAAUGGCACAAAAACUAAAUGAUCUGGAUUUUGGAUAUUUGUAAGAGUUAGAUAGAAAAAAAAUGUUUAUGAUGAUUCGUUUGGGACAUAUCAAAGACCCAUCUAAAUUGAAUCCUGUUCAUAAUUAUAAUAAAAUUCCAGUUCUUCCAUCCAAAAAAAAAAGAAUAAACUUAACUCCAUCUCCAAGAAGAAUUGAAUCUAAAACUGUAUAAAUAACAGAUAUACCUUUACCAAUGUUUAGUAUGAAAAUUGUUGAUGAUCCCUAUUAAAUUCAAGAAUAAUGCAAAUAAAAUACAUAAAAACUCUUCAAAAAACAAAAGAGAUUGAAUAUUAUUAAUAAAAGAAUACUUAAUAAAUAUUCUAAUUAUUGA